UUCCCUUAAUUCGAGAAAUAUUGAUGCCAGUCCAAAUGUUCCAACUGCAUCCCUGUCGACACCUUUACAGAACCUACCUUUUGCAUUAACUGUUCGCGGGUCGUUGGAAGAGGAAAACAAGCAAUUAAACAUGAAGCAGCAACAAACCAAAAACCAAAAAUUAAAAAAAGGUAUGAAAAUAAAAACACUUAUUUCAAAGUUGGAAACAACGUGGAGAUGUCAUGAACCUUAUAUUAAUGUUUACCAGCAGUCAAAGAAUUCAAAACCAUCUUAUACAACAUCUAGUGCAGCAGAUUUUAUUCCAGUCUCUGCAUUGGGAGGAGAAGAACAAAAUGUUAACUCUGGAAAAAAUUCUGAAAAAAAAGAAAAUAAUUUGAGGAACAUUCAACCAAAUAGAUCAAACGUUUCUGUAGUUGAGAUUUCAGAUGAAGAAAACAGUGUUCUACAUAUUAGUGACCAUGAUUUGUCUUCAACUGAUAAUUCAAAUGAUGCAUCAAAUACCAUUGACCAAUCAGUGAGGCCAAAAGAUCAUGUCAGGUGUCCUGUUCUGAAUUGUAAUGGUAUAUUUGAUUCCACAGAAUUGUUUGAUAGACACAUGAAUAACUUUGAACAUUCUCCAAUGGAUCCAUGGGGUGAACACAGUGAAAAUAAAGAUAUCUCAAGUGACAUUGUGAUGUGUCCUGAAUGUGGAAAAGUAUUUGAGCAAAGAGAAGCCUGUUUACACCAUAUAAAAGAUAAGAAGCAUGUUUAUCCACUGACUCCCCUACCAGUACAUGGAUACCUCUGUCGGUCAUGCCUCAUGUUGUUCCCUACAGAUGAAGAAUGUGUAUCUCACAUAACUACUCUCAAUCAUAACUCUACAGCUUUUCCAUUUUCUGAUGACAUGAAAGGCAUGUUUACUAGACUUACAGGAAUACCAGUUUCAAAGAAAUUAGUAGAAGAUUAUUAUAAAAAAUGUAUGUCGGCUGAUUUCCAUAUAGUUUGUUUUGAUUGUGAAAUACCUAUUAAUGGACACAGAGAACUGCAGCAGCACUUGGAUGAAACUAGACUUGGGCACAGUUUUAUGGCACUAACUGAAAUGACACUGAUGGAUAUUUUUACUGGUUAUUUAUAUACUCACAAAUGUUCAACAUGUCAUGCAGCUGUGGAAAAUCCCAAAAUAAAUGGUGGAUUUCAUAGUUGUAAUAAAGAAAUAGCAGGGAAAAUUGUAACUGAUGGUUGUAACUCAUUCAAAGCCUUGGUGCUGGGUCAUUGUGUUAGGUUAGAACAGGAUAAUAUCACCGAAGAUGAAAUUAGAAUAAGUGAGGCAUCAAACAGAGCAAUGGAAUUGGACCUUCAAAAUGUUAGAACUAACAUGACUAAGUUGCAGAAAUGUGAAAAAGUUAUGGCAUCUAAUAAAGUGGCAUAUUCAUGUGUAAACCCUGGACCUUCUAACAAUCUUUCUUAUUCAUGUGAAAAACCUGGACUCUCCAAUAAUUCAAAGUCUUUUAAACGAAAAUCUGAUGACAAGUUUACAAAUCAGUCCAAAAAUAAUGAAAUUGAAGAUGAAUAUAAAUCAAAUAAGCAUUCCAAAAGAAUAAAGAAAAAUGAAUAUUCUGGUGAAACAGAGACAUCAUUUAGAAUGGAUUUGGCUCUUAGUGAUUACAGCAGUAUAAUUGAUCCUGCCUACCUAAAAACAAUGACCAAUAUCCUAUUUUUAGAUUUAGACAAUUGGGGAGGUUUUUUCCCAAAGUUACCAUACAGAUUACCUGAACGAUUCUUUGUGUGGGCUUUUUAUGGAGGUAACACACGGUGGAAUGAGCCAUAUCAGUGUGCAGCUUAUCAAUAUCAAGUACGUGAAAAUCUUUUCUAUCUUCAUGAUCGUUGUGGAACAAGAAGAGACGCUACAGACUUUGCCAUAUGUUUAACGAAAGAGCAAUCAGUUUACGAGGCAAAGAAAGUACAGUGUACGGGAGGUGGCAAGAUGACAGGGAAAGCAAAGAAAUAUAGAUAA